AUGGCGUCCGAAUUCGUCGACCCCCGGAUGACCUCCAUCAAGCCUCGUAUCCGCUACAACACCAUCGGAGGUAUCAACGGACCUCUGGUCGUCCUUGAUAACGUCAAAUUCCCCCGGUACAAUGAAAUCGUCUCCUUGACGCUCGCCGAUGGCACAGAACGUUCGGGUCAGGUCCUAGAAGCGAGAGGCAACAGGGCCGUUGUCCAGGUGUUCGAAGGUACCUCGGGCGUCGAUGUCAAAAAGACCAAAGUCGAGUUUACCGGGCACAGUUUGAAGCUGGGUGUGUCCGAGGACAUGCUGGGUCGUGUUUUCGAUGGUUCGGGUCGUGCAAUUGAUAAGGGCCCCAAGGUGUUGGCGGAGGAUUAUCUGGAUAUCAACGGUCAACCUAUCAACCCUUACUCGCGAGUCUACCCCGAAGAGAUGAUCUCCACUGGUAUCUCCGCCAUCGACACCAUGAACUCCAUUGCCAGAGGACAGAAGAUCCCCAUUUUCUCCGCUGCCGGUCUUCCCCACAAUGAAAUCGCUGCACAGAUUUGUCGUCAGGCAAGCUUGGUCAACCAACCGACGAAGGGCGUUCACGAUGGUCACGAGGAGAACUUCUCGAUCGUUUUCGCUGCUAUGGGUGUUAACAUGGAAACUAGCCGCUUCUUCACCCGCGACUUCGAGGAGAACGGUAGUAUGGAGCGUGUCACUCUAUUCCUGAACUUGGCCAAUGAUCCUACAAUUGAGCGUAUCAUUACUCCCCGUCUCGCCUUGACCACUGCCGAAUACUACGCCUACCAAUUGGAGAAGCACGUCCUGACCAUCAUGACUGACCUUUCUGCUUACUGUGAUGCCCUUCGUGAAGUCUCCGCUGCACGAGAAGAAGUUCCUGGUCGUCGUGGUUACCCUGGUUACAUGUAUACUGACUUGGCUACCAUGUACGAACGUGCUGGACGUGUUGAGGGCCGUAACGGCUCCAUCACCCAGAUUCCUAUCUUGACUAUGCCUAACGAUGAUAUCACCCACCCUAUUCCCGACUUGACUGGUUACAUUACUGAGGGUCAGAUCUUCAUUGACCGUCAGCUCUACAACAAGGGUGUCAGCCCUCCUAUUAACGUCCUUCCAUCCCUGUCGCGUCUGAUGAAAUCUGCCAUUGGUGAGGGUCGUACUCGGAAGGACCACUCCGAUGUGUCCAACCAGCUGUACGCCAAGUACGCUAUUGGACGUGAUGCUGCCGCCAUGAAGGCAGUCGUCGGUGAGGAGGCUCUGUCCUCCGAGGACAAGCUCUCUCUCGAGUUCCUCGAAAAGUUCGAACGUACCUUCAUCAGCCAGUCCGCAUACGAAUCCCGGAGUAUCUUCGAAUCGCUCGACAUCGCCUGGAACCUCCUCCGUGUCUACCCCAAGGAGCUGCUCAACCGUAUUCCCAAGCGUGUCUUGGACGAGUUCUACGCCCGCUCUGCUCGUAAAGUUCCCAACAAGGACACGAGGGACAGCACGCAGGCGCCGCAGAACCUGAUUGAUGCUUAA